AUGAAGAACGUAGGCCCUGAAGUCACUGCAGGGGCAGGACCUCUCUGCAUGUCAGGCCUGCUUCUCAUCACUGUUUUUCUGUGUUCUUCCCCUCUGCUUUCCAAUGCAACCAGCUGGACGGUGCUGCAGGGAAGGAUUGGGCGCCCAGAGAACCCGUUCCGAGUGGCCCUGGAAUACAUCUCCAGUGGAAACCGAAGCUUGUCUGCAGUGGACUUCUUUGCCCUGAAGAACUGCAGUGAAGGAACGUCCCCAGGCUCCAAGAUGGCCUUGCAGAGUUCCUUCACUUGCUGGAACGGGACAGUCCUCCAGCUUGGGCAGGCCUGCGACUUCCACCGGGACUGCAACCAGGGAGAAGACGAGGGUCAGCUGUGCAGUAAACUGCCUGCUGGUUUUUACUGCAACUUCGAGGAUGGCUUCUGUGGCUGGACCCAAGGUGCAGUCUCGCCCCACAGGCCCCGAUGGCAGGUCAGGACCCUAAAGGAUGCCUGGUUCCCGGACCACCAAGGCCACGCCCUGUUGCUCAGCACCACGGACGUCCCCACUUCUGAAAGUGCUACGGUGACCAGUGCUACGUUUCCUGCACCCAUGAAGAGUUCUCCGUCCAACCUCUGA